AUGGAAAAGACUACUACCAAUACUCCCAGACGUACUCAAGAUGGGGCCAGAAGAGUGCGGAAGCGUAGUCUCACCAACGCCCGCCGUGAGCAAAAUCGACUUAAUCAGAGAGCCUAUCGUCAAAGGCAGAGAGCAGUACAACGUCUUGAUGGCUUACGUUCCUCAGGCUCGUCAGCCCAGUCGCCUGAACAGGGCCGACAGCCAAUAUAUCAGUUAGCGGAUGACACCGCAAUUGCGAGAGAUGUUGAUGAUGCUUCUAAGAACCGUCUAGUGACACCGUAUUUAUACCCUGAGCUGAUAUGGGAAGGAAGGGGAACCAAUGAUUCUUCCUUUGAAGACGAUAUUAUUCCGCAAAAUCAAUUGUCAUCGUCACCAGUUAACUUCGUUUUCACAGCACAAAGCAAUUCCCAACUAGCCGAUGAAGAUGAUUAUAUUCAUGCAAUCCUCUCUGACUGGCCACCUGCUGCUUGCCAUUCUUUUUCGGGCACAAACUCAAGCAUUUUUUGUGGUCUAGAAAAUCUAGAAAGUCUUGAACCUCAUAUCAACUCAAUUCCUAGCGGAUCUUCUACAUCGGACGAGACUAUCAAUCACCAAGAACAAAAUGCAUUAUCCCCAAAAGUAACGAAAAUUUCUCUGCUACAGGAAAACCCAAGUAUCACAUCUCUCCCUGAAGACAUACACCCUUUGUCAGUCACCUCGCCGUCACAAUCAGGGGCCAGAUCAGAACUUCCUCCAGAUGACAACCAGGGUAAUAGAGAUAUACAGGAUGAGAUGUUUACAGUUGAAGGCUUUGAUCUUAAUAAAGCUACACCAUCUCCAUCUCAGUUACCUGACCCAUGGAGAGAAUGUAUUCACUUUUCACGAAGUCAUAUACUCCUAGCAUGUGUUCAUAAUGCUCGAAGCAUGGGGUUCGAUCCUACGCUAUCACAAAUGUUAUGUCCACAUCCGGCUUUUAUGGAUCUCAUUCCGUUUCCCGUUUUCCGGGCUCGUGCCAUUACCUUGUUGGCCAUGCAGCCACAUUUGAUUAAUUUGCAGGAGUUAAAGAAUGAUCUGGCUAUUGAAAAUGGACUUUCCUAUUGGAGUACUGCGAGCAAUGAGGCCAGAACCCCCAUGGUUGGAGCUACACAAGGUCAACCAUGGGAUAUGCACAGCUGGGAGGUAGCUCCGUGGUUCUUGUGCAAAUGGCGCACGCUAUUUGGAGGGGAGGAUGGGGAGGUAUGGAACCAGAGUCUGUGGUGGCAAAGGGCCAGGGGCCUGGUUACCAAUGCAUACACCCAUUAA